AUGUCCUACAGAACUUCAAUCGCGUCUUCUGAAUCAAAGGCGUCGAUUAAUUUCCAAUAUCCCAUUGCUAUUAAGUUGGCUACUAACUAUGAUACAAAUUCUGCUACUAGAACAAAAGCAUAUCAACUUUCGUGUGCAACAUCUACCAUAGGGUUUAUUGUGUGCUUAAAAAUUAUAGCCAAGUAUUCUAAAAUAUUAGAGCCAAUUGUAAACAAAUUACAAGCUGUUGAUACUAAUUUGCAUACAGUACAUCAACAUAUACACUUAAAUUUACUAGAAAUAUUAAAGAAGCAUAGAUCGAUGUCAGAAGAAAAUUUUAGUCUGAUAUUUAAUGAUGUAAGAAACUGUGCAAUUCAAUUUAACUUGGACAUACAAAUUCCACGAGUAGUGUCAAAACAAACUCAUCGUCAAAAUAUUGUUACAUCUACUCCUGAUGAGUACUUUCGGAUUUCUAUAUAUAUACCUUAUAUUGAUUCUUUGAUUCAAUCCUUAGAAAUUCGUUUUAGUCCAAUAAAUGAAAUAGCAUUUAAAUUAGGAUUUUUACACCCAUCAACUAUGUUGAAAAUGACAAAAAUAAAUUUUAUUGACAUUUUAAAAGAAUUAGACAACCAUUAUCAAAUAGAAAACUUAGUAGAAGAAGGUCAAACAUGGUAUGAUUAUUGGGAGAUGAUGAUAGAGUCUUCAUCAAUUAAUGAAAAGGAAAAUAUUUCCUUUUUUUUAAAAGAUUGUGAAUUUUAUCCAACUGUUAAAAAAAGUAUUAUUAUUUAUAUGACUAUUCCACCAACAACUUGUAGUACAGAAAGAACAUUCAGCACAUUACGUCGUGUUAAAACCUGGUUACGUUCAACAAUGUGUGAGAAUCGCUUAUCCGAAUUAUGUAUGUUAAGUUUACAUAGAAAAAAAAUCGAAGAACUUCAUUUAGCUGAAAAAGUUGUUGAUGAAUUUGGGAAAAAUAAAAGAAAAUUGCAAUUUGUGUUCAAUUAG